AGCGCUUGUAAUAAAUAGCCUACAAAUAAAUUCAAGUGAAAUCUCUUUGUAGUAAAGCAACGCGGGGAGUCCCCCUCGACCCGUCGCGGUUGCGCGAUACCCAGCUGGCUCGAGCCGGUGGGGGUGCUGCCGCGGGUACCCCCAAUGCGCACUUUGACAGUUAGUAGGUUUGUAGGCUACUCACGGAGACGGAACCUGCAUCUGGACUGGCAGAGAGAUAUUACUACAAGGCUAUAACACAAGACGACUCGAAGGGAAACGCUCACUAGGCUACUAACUAGCAUAGCGAGUGGAUUUGACCGAGGUUUUCCGUUUUGCUAGACCUUUCACAUUCUGGACAAGGGAACAGUGCGUUGCUACUUAGCUGCACAUGGAACAGUUGUAAGUUUAAAAGCGAAAACGAGUAUCACUUAAUUUCACUAAAUUACAAGGAGCACAUUGGAAUUACUAUAUCAGACUUGUAGUUGGCAUCCUCCUCCUAGAAGUCUAAAACAAGGCUCUAACAUCAGAGAGAGAGACACAGCCACAGCCCUUCUCCCCUUCCCCUCAUCCUCCUUUCUUCUCCCAUUGGACAGAGAGAGAGAGAGAGAGAGGGAAAGAGCGAGUGAAAGUGAGAAAGAAUAGGGAGACAUGUACCAAACACUCCUCCUCUCCUCCUCGCUCUUCAUCCUCUAUGUGACGGCCACUCCACAGUUCCACGGUCACCACGGGAGGAGGGUGUGUGGCAGAGAUAUUCAUCACAGCAGUGUCAUCACGAUGACCGAGUCGUUCGUCCAGCCCGUUCACAAACCUUACAUCACCCUAUGUCAGGGGCACCGCCUCUGUAGCACCUACAAGACAGUGUACAGGGUGGCGUACCGUCAGGUGGCCAGAGCAGUGCCAGUCUCACACUCUUACCCAGAAUGCUGCCCGGGUUGGCGACGACUCCACUCACACAACUGUAACCAAGCGGUGUGUGGCCAGUCCUGUGUGAACGGAGGAACAUGUUUAAGACCCAACCACUGCGCCUGUCCUCUGGGAUGGAUGGGUCGUCACUGCCAAACAGAUGUGGAUGAGUGCAGUGAGCAGCAGCCUUGUUCUCAUCAGUGUGUGAACAUGGCAGGCAGCUACCACUGUGUGUGUAGAGAGGGCUACAGGCUGGCAGGAGACACACACUCCUGUGAGAACCUUCCUCCUCCUGCCUCUUCCACCCACCCCAGUCAAGAAGCAGCAAACGAUCACAGGCCCCUCUCCAGUGAUACAGGUGGAGGGUAUGGGCUGACUGAGAACGUAACAGAGGAGGUCCAGAGCCUGAAGAACAGAGUAGAGCUGCUGGAGCAGAAGCUCCAGUUGGUCCUGGCCCCUUUCACCAGUCUGUUCCCCAUGUCGCUGGACGAGGGCGUGUCUGAGAAAACCAGCUUCCUGUCCCACUCCUUCCAGCAGCUGGAUCGCAUCGACUCGCUCAGCGAACAGGUCGGCUUCCUCGAGGAACGCCUCGGAACCUGUUCCUGCCAAGAGAAUUAGAAACAACAGGACUGGGUCACCCUCACCAACCAGAUAUCUCCACACAAGUCUGAGUCCACAACACAAUAGGAAUGAAUGCCCCAGCCCAGCGAUAUGGGAGGAUGAGGAUGAACAUUAGCAGAACAUAGGCCUACUCAGUGUUUGUGUAUUCCUGUUCCUAUACCAGCCCAAAGGCUAACUCGAACACUAGCUCUGAUGGACAACCCUGUCAUGUGCUAUGUCAGUGACACAUACAACCCUUUUAAGUGUCCCUUUCCUUCACUCCUAACAGCAUAAUUUCAUGUCAUUGCUGUAUUACGGAGACAUAGAAGAGCAUAUAGCAUCACCACCGGUGACGGUUACAGGGGCCUCAUUCUACCAUUAGCACAUUACCUGAGAGUCGAAGUUCAAACUGCCAAUUUCACUCUGAAGUAUCUGGUUUCCAUGUUUUAGGUUCACAUCAGUCUACUGUCAGAGCCCCCAUGGUGGGGUUCGCAUGGACAUCUGUAUUUAUGUAUUUAAGUUAGAAUUCCUUGUGCUUAUUUCAUAGAGCUACAAUAGUUAGUUUACUUUUUUUUUACCUUGUUUUGUAACUUUUUGUAAUAAAAUUGAUUAAAUCAAAAAUGUCUGGUAGAGGAUGUGUGUCUGCUCCACGUGGAAGAACAAGAGAUCUCAUUUGAACACUCAAUGAACACAUUACUUGUUGCCGAUUUCAAUUCUAUGGAGAGUUAAGAAACAGUAAUAAAGCUCUACAACAGCU